AUGUCAUACAAGGCGGGCCCUUCCUCCCGAGAGGGUCCAGUUUCGGCCAUGGCAGUUGACGUGAACUUCGAGAUAUUCGAGUGGUACCCUGCGUACCAGAGCUGCCUGAAGUUCUUCCUCAACAACGCCCAGCAUGAAUACCACGUUCAGGCUGUCGCAGCGUUUGUGAACAUUUGUCUCCCCUUCCAGUGGGCUCCAGAUCCUGUGGUGAACUACUCGGCUGCCUCGCCGACUGCACAGACAGCAUCCGGCACAUCGCAACCUCCGCACGCCAACCCUUGGACACAGCAAAGCGCACCAUUCCAACCAGGCCGGUCCAGCCACUUCGUGUCGCUAAUCCCAUAUAUCAAGCGCCUGGUUGUGACCGCCUUCGAUCAAGAUGCCAUCCUCCAUGGGUUCUUCGGCGAUGACUGGCGCAAAGGGAUCGGGCCCCUCCAUGAGUCGGAACGACGCAACUAUAUGUUCGCGGCGAAGAGCGUCGGCUGGGCACGAGUCAAACAACACUACGAUAUGUCGCCGCGGGAGAGCCUGCCCUUCAUCAAGCCGCUUCAAAAUGUCGAGCUGACGGAGAUUGAGGCGGCCGAACGUUCCUGGAGCGGGUGGCUGGCGUUUGAGGAUUGGAUGAUCGGGGAACGGGCGCCCGAGACCAUGCGAGAUCCAGGCUUUUCCGAGGGCGGCGGACCGAAUAUGAAGCCCAAUACCAUGAUUUGA